AUGGUCGACCCGUCAGUCCCCCAGCCUGGCCCAGCGCGACUGAAGCCCAAUGCCGGUCCAGACGAGUGGCUCGAGGCAGCCAAAAACUGCAAGUACCUGUCCGAACACCACAUGAAGCAGCUAUGUGAGCUGGUCAAGGAGUACAUGAUGGAGGAAUCCAACAUUCAACCGGUUUCCACUCCCGUGACGAUAUGCGGUGAUAUACAUGGACAAUUCUACGACCUGCUCGAGCUUUUCCGCGUAGCCGGUGGGAUGCCCGGCGACACUCGCCCUGCUGCCCCUUCCACGCAAGCACCGAUAAUAACGUCGGAAGACAUUGAGCCACCAUCGGUCAUCACAGAUCCCAAGUUGAAACAACGGCUACGGAAGAGCUCGCCUCCUAAUUCCGUGAUAGAGGAUGACGGGGACGAAGAGACAGGCGGACAAGCGACGCAGAUUAAUAAGCACGACGGCGGCGGCGGCGGGGGAGAAGGAGAAGAUAAAAGCGCCUCCCCUAUAGGCAACUUCAUCUUUCUAGGCGAUUAUGUGGAUAGAGGGUAUUUCAGUCUGGAGACACUUACACUGCUACUGUGUUUGAAAGCGCGGUAUCCGAAUAAAAUCACGCUGGUGCGGGGAACCAUGAGUCAAGGCAGAUUACGCAGGUGUAUGGCUUCUACGAUGAGUGUGUGCAGAAAUACGGCAACGCAUCGGUGUGGCAAGGCGUGUUGUCAGGUGUUUGACUUUAUGACUUUGGGCGUAUGUGAUGGGAAAGUUCCGGAGAUUCGAACGCUGGAUCAAGUGCGUAUCGUAGCGAGGGCGCAGGAGAUUCCGCAUGAGGGUGCGUUUUGCGAUCUUGUCUGGUCUGAUCCAGAUGAAACGGAUGAUUUAACAUGGGCCGUCAGUCCUCGUGGAGCCGGCUGGUUAUUUGGUAGCCGCGUGGCGGAUGAGUUCUGCGCCGUCAACGACCUUAACCUGAUCGCCCGAGCCCACCAGCUGGUCAACGAAGGAUACAAAUACCACUUUGACAGCCAGGCCAUGGUCACGGUCUGGAGUGCACCCAACUACUGCUACCGCUGCGCCAACAUGGCGAGUGUAUGUGAAGUGCGUGAAGACCUGAAGCCCGUCUUUAAGCUCUUCGCUGCUGUGCCGGCUGAGAUGAGACAUGUUCCUGCCACUAGGCCGCAGAAGGCAGAGUACUUCCUUUAA